AUGGCCACAGAUAUCCUCUUCACCUCACCAACCGUCAUAACCGGCGAAGAAUCAGCCACUCCCUUUGUCGCAGACGUUCUUAUAUGCAAUGGCUUAAUCGCACAAAUCAGCGAGCCGGGAGUCAUAAAUCCUCCUUCGGGAGCGAGAGUAAUCGAUGCCAAGGGCUAUGUUCUGUCCCCGGGGUUUAUUGACAUGCACGCCCAUUCGGAUCUAUAUCUUCUUACGAAUCCGGACCAUGAGGCCAAGAUAACGCAGGGAUGUACCACAGAAGUAGUAGGCCAAGACGGCAUAUCCUACGCCCCCGUCCGCAACAACGCCCAACUCCAAGCUAUCCGUGACCAAAUCGCCGGCUGGAACGGCAACCCUACCGACGAAGAGUGCGCAACACUGCACAAGGGCGUCGGGAUGUUUGAGUGGCGCACCGUAGGCGAAUACCUCGACUGUCUGGAGAGGAACAAGACUGCCACAAAUGUGGCGAUGCUUGUGCCGCAGGGAAAUCUGCGCCUGCUCGCGUGCGGACCACACGAUAGUGUAGCUACAGAGGCAGAAAUCCAAGACCAAGUAGCAUUACUACGUGAGGCGAUGGACCAAGGAGCCGUCGGCAUGUCAAGUGGCCUGACCUACACGCCCGGCAUGUACGCAUCAACCUCUGAGCUCGGCAUCCUGUGCAAAGCACUGUCCGAAUAUCCUGGCGCAUUCUACGCCCCCCACCACCGAAGCUACGGCUUCAAAGCGAUAGAAAGCUACGCCGAGAUGCUGGACCUCGGCAGCACGACCGGGUGUCCUGUCCAUUUGACGCACGCGACGCUCAACUUUGCGGAGAAUAGGGGCAAGGCACCCCUUUUGAUGGGCAUGAUUGACGAGAAGCUCGCUGCGGGCGUGGACGUCACGCUUGAUACGUACCCCUAUUUGCCGGGGUGUACGACGCUGGCGGCCCUGAUUCCGAGCUGGGCAUCGUCGGGGGGUCCGGCCGAGACGUUGAAGCGGUUGGAGGAUCCGGAGACGAGGGAGAGGAUUAGGGUUGCGGUUGAGGAGACGGGCUGUGAUGGCGGGCAUGGGAUUCCUACGAAUUGGGAUGAGAUUCAGAUAGGAACAACAUCCCACCCCUCCAUAGCAUCAUACUCCGGCCAGCGCGUAUCCGCCGUCGCAAAAUCCCAAAACAAACCCCCCCACGAAAUCUUCUUCGAGGUUCUCACAAAGGACCGCCUCUCGACCUCGUGCCUCAUGCACAUCGGCAACGAGCCCAACGUCCAGGCCAUCAUGCAGCACCGCGUCCACAUGUCCGGCAGCGACGCCAUCCUGCACGGCAAGACGACGCACCCGCGCGCGUACGGCACCUUCACGCGGUACCUGGGCCACUACAGUCGCGAGCUGGGUCUGCUUUCGCUGCCGGACAUGGUUGCCCAUUUGACGAGUCGGCCGGCGAGGCGGCUGGGUGUGUUUCCGGGGAGGGGUGUCGUGAGGGUCGGGUCGGCGGCGGAUCUGGUGCUGUUUGAUGCGGAGAGGGUGAGGGAUAGGGCGACGUUUGAGGAGCCGAAGCUGAGGAGCGAGGGGGUGAGGUUUGUGCUUGUGAAUGGGGUGGUUGCCCUGGAGGAAGGGGAGAUGGUGGGCGUGAGGGCUGGGAGGGUGUUGAGACGACGGGACGGGAGGGUUUCGUAG